AUGGUACAGGUUUCGAGUAUUUUGGAUAAUAUAUUGAGCGUGGAGAGCACAUCCACAGAUACUGAUUCGGUUGCUACAAGUAGCUCUGAUGUGACUAGGGAAAAUAAAAUGUCGAGCCUGAAGCCUUCAACACCCACAAUGGCCUCUUCUGGGGGAAGGAGGAGAAAGUCAGAUCAUGAUUAUUUGGACUUUUCAUCUUUUUGGUCUAAAUCAGAAGAGCAAAAAAAGGUUUCAAAUUCCUUGGUGACCGACAAGUUGAUGGAGAAGAUUAUAUCGAUGGUUAUACCCAUGAAUGUUGAGGACGAAAAUAAAAAUAAGAUUAUGAAUGAAAGGGUCGCUAUGCAGAAGGCCCGACCGCCGCUAUCCAUGAAUACCAUGUCGAAAAAUUCAAUUCAUUUAACACAAAGGUUGUCGCCAGCAUUUAUAUUGAUUGACAAUUUCAUUAACUUUGGUAACUGGGAGGAUCCAUUCUUUACAGUAGGGAUAUUAAUGAUAACCACUCAUUUAAUUUUGAAUCCUUUUCUUCUCACUGUGGCACCCAUCUUGUUGGUGUUAAGUAACGUGUUGGUUCCUCAUUACUUGUUAAUGUAUCCUCCCGAUACUUCAUUUUUAAAUUCCUUCUUUGAGCAUAAUCCUAUUCCAGCAAGGAACAAGCUAUAUCCAUAUAAGGUGCCAAAGCCGGUUCCCGAAUUUUCAAGAGAAUUCAUAUUGAAUUUGACUGAUCUUCAAAAUCACAUGUGCCUAUACAUCUUUGCUUAUGAUUUUAUUUUGUGGUUGAUAAAUGGGUAUUUGUUCUUCAAGGAUGAAAGUUUAAGCAAUCUAGUUUUCAUAGGGCUCACAGGAUUGGUGGUUAAUAAUUUAAUCGUGUUGCCGAAACUUUUCCCAUUCUUGCUGACUUACUUUCCUCUAAAGCUAUGCCUUAUUGUUACUAUUUGGUUAUCUCUGGCUAUACUCCAUCCAAAAAUUAGAUCAAUUUGUUUGGAUUGGAUAUGUAAUGAAGAGACUAGGCAGAAAUUCGUGGAUAUAAACCAUAAAGUUGAAGUAUACUUAAAAGAAUUCAUAGUAAAUAAUGAUAUUGACGAAGAUAUAGAAAAAGAAGUCGAAAUUUUUGAGCUUCAGAAAUUGAAUCAUAAGACAAAGAUAUGGGAGCUAGUUGGAUUUUCGAACGAUCUCUAUCCAUUAAACUCUUCUUUAAGAACGCUUUCAAAUCCAGUGGAUGAUUACGAAGAUGGAGAAUCAAACUUUUCGAACAUAAGGAUCGCUAGAAAGGAAAAUGUUGACGAUAUUCAGCCUCCCAGAAGCUGGGGAUUUGUUGGAAAAAAGUGGAAGAUAGAUUUAGAUGUUCGAGGAUGGGUAAUGGAGAACCUUAUCCUGGAUAUCGUUUACAUCGAUAAUGAUGAGAAAUGGGUUUACGACUAUCAGCCGGAUGAAACUUCUAAUGACGUCUUUAGGAGACGAAGAUGGAUAAGAAUGUGUAGGCGAAAAGUGAACAAAGAUACAAGGGCAGGCGAGAAUCAUGAUGACAAGAGUACGGAAACACCAAAUGAAAAAGAAAAUGCAAGUGGCUAUUUAGUCUGA